CCAGAAGCGAGACGGCCUAUGGUCAUGGUGAUGCUAGAGCUCCCACGGUCAUUUUCCAAGGCCUCUUGAGAUUUCCCGUUUUUCGCUCUGCUCCUUGUUCCACCAUGGCUUUCCUUCUUGUUUACGCCUUCGCCUAGAUCCCUCGAGUCGCGUGUAGGUUUGCGUGAAACGCUAGUCUCUUGCCGUGCUCCUCCCUCCGUUCAUCCAUCACGGCAUUUCCUUCCGGUUACCGACGACUCGUCUGGGGUGAUCAGAGGAUCUAAAAAGUUAGAGAGAGGAGCAUGGCGAUCACCACGUGGCAGCAGUCUCAGUCAGCACCUGCGAUCUUACAUCUGGCACAUGCAAGAUGCUUGAUCGAUAUCUACGAUAGUAGUGUCCUACAUCGGGAAACACUAGGGCAUUCGUUUGUAGCAGCGAGUAGCUGCGGGUGACCGCUCGGUUCUGGUCGGUGGUGGUCAGUGCUGCUCGGUGCAGCACUGGCUGCAUUGCCUUCCGAAUAUAGCUCUCACCCUCGCCUAGUCUGCUGAACACUACGAAUCGAAGCUGCUCACCGCCGAAGCGAGCAGAACCAUGAUGGAUCUGCUUGCUUCGGUGGUGCUUAACCUUCCAGUUCAGCCCGGCGCUUUCGGUGGCCAGCUGCCCGUCGCUCCUGCACCGCUCGAUCCGUCGUUCAACGGCUCGGAUUUCUCGGGCCUCAAUGCCACCUCCGUGUUCAACCUGACGGCUAUCCGUCUGCACAACCGGCCGGCAUUUUUCCUGGCGCAGACCGUCAUCAAUGCCACGCUCUCGCCGGCCUCCCCUCUCCACCCUUUCGCCACUACCCUCGUCGGCGCCGCGUCGCCUCUUCUGGACGGCAUUCUUCGUCAGUAUCUGCAGAACGAUUUUUUCGCGGGCAGCUUGUGGCUCGUCGCGAUUGGGUUCAUCAGCCGGACUUUAAUGAACUACUGGGAGGUUCUAUGGAGCCUCCUAAUGCGACGGGAGAACGUGUCUGUCAGCAUCUCCCCGGAAAACGAGGCGUUUCAGUGGCUGGAGGAGUGGCUAGAGUCUCACGAGAAAUUAAAGCUGUCAGAGUUUACCCUACAGCUGAACUGGCCGGACGACGACGAAACGGGCUCGAAUCUGGACAAGCCUGAGCUCAAAUUCCUGCCCCAGCUUAAAGCUGCCCAGCAAAUCACCUUCCAGGGCUCAAAAGUUUUCUUCCAGAUGAAAAACAGCCCCGGGCAGCUAGAUAGCCAGGCGGAAUUUUCCGAGCUGAUCCGGUCAAUGGGUCGGGAAGAGCUGGUGAUAGAAGCUCCCAGCAAAGCCGUGCUACAGGCGGUACUACAAGCCGCUACAGAUGCAGCCAUGGCAAAGCAGCAGGGAGAGCAAAUCACAACCGUCCACCGGUGGAAUUGCAAGCAGUUCUGCUGGCGGUGGUUGGGGAACAAGCAGGUCCGUCCGAUGUCCAGCGUGGUCCUGGAUUGCGACACGUCCAGCACUGCUGGAAGAUGCGCGGGGGUUCCUUGCAGCCGCCAAGUGGUACUCGGACCGCGGGAUUCCCCACAGGAGGGGGUAUUUGUUCCACGGGCCGCCCGGGUGCGGCAAGACCUCGCUGAUUCAGGCCAUGACGGGGGAGCUGGGGCUGGGCGUGUCAGUCAUCAGCCUCUCCUCCUCUGGCAUGAGCGAUGACUCGCUGCACACGGCCAUGGCCAACUGCGAGCAGCGCAACCUGGUGGUCCUGGAGGACAUCGACGCCGCCUUCACCGCAGACCGCUCCAAAGCCGACGGCAACUGCUCCGACAGCCUGUCCUUCUCGGGGCUGCUGAACGCCAUCGACGGCAUCGGGGCGCAGGAGAAGCGCAUCCUCAUCAUGACCACCAACCACAUCGAGCGCCUCGACCCCGCGCUCAUUCGCCCGGGCCGAAUCGACUACCGCCUGCUUCUGGACCGUGCCACCCGGAGCCAGAUCGCGCGGCUCUUUCUGCGCUUCUUUCCGGAUUCGCCCUCGGCAGAUGCUGACCGGUUUGCGUCGGUGUUUCGGGAGCGGGCGGUGAGUCCGGCUUCGGUGCAGGGCUUGCUGCUGCUGCACAAGGAUGACGCUGCUGCUGCUCUGGCUGCUGUUCCUGCCUUUGCUGAGAGCAGUGGCGCAUCUACUUUUGACUCUGCUGCUGUCGUCCUUCCUGCUGAUGCUGCAGCCAGUGACGGUGAUUCUGUUUCUGCUGCUGCUCCUGCUCAUCUUGCUGCUGCUGCUUCUGCCGUGGAUGCUACAGACUUAAGCACCCCCAUGUCUAGCAGCCUUUGUGGCAGUGGCUGCAGCAGCAACAGCAGCCCCAGCAGAGAGGCGGAUGCUCCUUGUGCUGACAGCCCGCUCUCAAACAAGGGUGGAGAUUGUGUUGCAGGUGAUGGGGGGGCAGUGAAGUGGUGGAUUCCAGUGGAGGAAGCAAGUGAAGGGGGAAGUGAGGAGAAGGGAGAGGGGAGUGUGGAGCAAGGGAAGGGGGGUUGGAGGAAGUUGGGGGGAGAGGUGAGCAGGAGGGUUUUGUUCCACUUGGGGGCUGCACGGUUUGGGGUGCGCGACUUGGUGUGGGGUAGGAGUCGUGGGAGGCGGUUGAAAGGAGAGUAACAUGGGAGGAGUCUAGGGUGGGAGAGAACAGCACUCGGUCAAAUAUCCCACAACUCGGAUACGGUAAAUGAGUUGUGACCGACUGACACGUAGAUAACUUAUUUACGGCCUUCGCUGCUUGUGUCAUGGCAUGGCAACUCGCCACCGUGUUAUUUAGGCUGGUGUAGUGCCUGUAAUGUUUUUUGGGUGGGUGUCCUGCAACCUGAGAUACCUGCUUUUGCAGCAGCAGCGUAACAUCUAUCUUGUGAGGGUUGACUCAGUUCUCUUGCAACUGUAUUUAUUAUGAUUAAAUCUCUGAAAAUGCCUU